AUGAGUACCGAUCCGGACGUCACCAAAAGCCUCGCGAGAGGCGGGCUAGCACCCGAGGAUAUCGAUUAUGUGAUCUAUUCGCACGUGCAUUGGGAUCAUAUUGGCGAACCUCGAGACUUUCCCACAUCUAAGUUCGUCGUCGGUCAUGGCUCACUUGCCUUGCUUAAUGGCACAUCGUCGUCUUUGCGCGGUGGCCAUUCUUUCUUCGAAAGUGAUCUUCUGCCAGAAGAGCGGACCAUUGGACUGUCGGAACCUUCGGCAAACGUGUUGACGAAGCACGACUCAUGCAGGGCGACGGGCGAUGUCAACUUCGGUGGUUCCUGGCAAACGCACGGAAACCUCCCUCAGACUUUGGAUGUCUUCAAUGACGGCUCACUGCUCAUCGUCAACGCACCCGGUCAUCUACCAGGACACAUCAAUCUUCUUGCUCGGACAUCUCCUGAUCACCAAAUUUACAUGGGCGGAGAUGCAUGUCACGACAGACGAUUGUUGACUGGCGAGAAAUCGAUUGGAGAGUGGAACGAUGCUCAUGGACAAGUCUGCUGCAUACAUGCCGACAGAAAGCAAGCUGAGACGACGAUUGACAGAAUCAGAGCCCUAGAGAGAGACGGCGUCGAGAUCAUCUUUGCACACGACGUCGAGUGGGAAAGCGAUCCAAAGAACAAGACGCGCUUCUUCGGCGCGGAGCAAAGCAUGGAUGACCAGCAGCGCCUAAAAGAGCGCUUCGACACCGAGCUCGGCUCCGCAGCCUACGACGAAUCCUGGGCGCGGAUGCUCAAACACUCACCAGAGAUGUUCGCAGCAUCCCUCCGCUUAACAGCCAUACCAAAGCGAAGCAGCCAUCUAUCACCCAAAAUCCAGUCCCUAAUCUCCCUCGCCGUAAGCGCAUCAUCAACCCACCUCCACGUCCCCAACAUCCAUCGCUACACCCGCGCCGCCCUAUCCGCAGGCGCCUCCCGCGCCGAAAUCGUCGAAACACUGUGUCUCACAUCCACCCUCGGCAUCCAUGCCUCCACAGUCGGCGUCCCAAUCCUCUUCGAAGUCCUCGAAGAGCGGGGCGAAGCCAUGCCAAAAGGCAUGUCGAACAUGAGCCCGCAGCAACUCGCACUAAAGCAGGAUUUCGAGACGAAGCGUGGGUACUGGAACGCGUUAUGGGAGGAGAUGCUGCUCAUCGCACCCGAAUUCUUCGACGCGUACACCGAGUUUAGUUCUGUGCCGUGGACGAACGAGGGGGGCAAGGGCGUGCUUGAACCCAAGGUCAAGGAGCUGAUAUAUUGUGCGUUUGAUACGGCGGCGACGCAUAUGUAUAAACCGGGGCUGAAGCUGCAUAUGCGGAAUGUGUUGAAUUAUGGGGGUACGAAGGAGGAGAUUAUGGAGGUGUUGGAGUUGGCGACGUUGUUGAGUAUUAGUACGUUGGAUGUGGGGUUGGAGGUGCUGGAGAUGGAGAUGGGAGGACGGUAG